AAACUCAGAUAACAUUGACAGAGAGAAUAUUUCACUUUGGUAUCCUGGAAGAUAGUAUUCAGAACAGAUAGAACGGAUGCAUGGAUUUACAGAAAUCUUUGAGGAAUUCUAUUGAAAUUUCUUUUGUAAACAAAAUUUCUCAAACAUCACUGUUUGGAAUGCGUGCAAGAUUUUUGGAUUCCAAUUAAAGUUGAAUGAAUUUGCAUCAUCUUUAGAUAUCAACAAAGAUCACUGCAGAUUGAAAUAUAGGUGGUAAAAUAUUUGUGAUUAAACUAUAAAUACAACUAUAUAUAUAUCUAUAGUUUUGAUAGAGGAGAAAUUAUUUAAAAAUCUAUUCGAGAAAGUGAAAGGACGGAGUUCAUUUUCCUCAAGAGAUGGCAGAAGGGACAGGGAAAUCAACAGACAGUAGUGAUAUCUGUGAAAAGUCAUCCUCUCAAAAAUGUAACAUCUUGACUCCCAGACGAACUCCCAAAGAAGCAAAGCUACAUCGCUGUGUUAUUUGCGGUAAAACUUUCUCUGAAAAUAGCUACUUAGUUACACACAUACGUGUACAUACAGGUGAGAAACCAUAUCACUGUGAUGUCUGUGGUAGAUCAUUCUCUGAAGGAAGUCACUUGACAACUCACAAACGUACACAUACAGGAGAAAAACCAUAUCUUUGUGAUAUUUGUGGCAAAACGUUCUAUCAAAAAUGUCACUUAACCGAACACAAGCACUUUCAUACGGGAGACAAGCAAUUUCACUGUGAUAUCUGUGAUAAAUCAUUUUUUCAAAAGAGUCACUUAACAGCACAUAAGAACAUCCAUACAGGUGAGAAGCCAUAUCAUUGUGAUGUCUGUGGUAAAUCUUUCUCGGAAGGAAGUACCUUAACUAAACAUAAACGUAGCCAUUCAGGAAUCAAACCUUUUAAAUGUGAUAUCUGUGGUAAAUCAUUCUCUCGGAAAAGUAGCUUAAACAGUCACAAACUCAUUCAUACAGGAGACAAUCCAUAUGAUUGUGACACCUGUUGCAAAUCAUUAUCUAUUGUAACUUGACUGGACACAGGUGUAUUCAUCAAUACUUAAUGAAUCAUAUUUUGAAGGGAAGUGCCUUGAAUAAUCCACAUGUUUAUUCAAGAUAUUGAAUAAUC